UUGAAUUAAACAGCUUUACUCUGGACAAACUGCAGCCCAGGCAGUUCCUCGUGUCAAGUUGCAGCUGCUGUCUGAGCUGUGUUGUACUGCAGGCACACCAGGCAGUGUGGACAUGGGCCGAUGUGGAAAAGUCAUGGUAUGAUCUUCCUUAUUCCUCAACACAACCUAAACUCCCCUAGACAAGCUUUGUUGACACUUCUUCAUGAGGUCUUCAGGAAUACUUCUCAAGGCUUGUUGAAUUACAUCCCACAACUCUUCAUUGGAAGUUGGCUGCCUUUUAUUCUCUUCUGUUAAAAGUUUAUUAAAAGGUUGUUAAAAGGUGGAUUAAUCUGUCCAUAAACCUCUUUAAAAUAGCUUUUCAAUUCACUUCUUGUUGCGUCAGUUAACAAUAAACGGAUCACUUGAUUGUCCAGAUGCAUAUCUUAGAUUUUCCAAAAUAUCACGUCCAAAUAGUUUUAAUUUAAUGUAGAUUUCACCUCCCUUGCUUUUUAAAAUUUUUAUUAUUUUUUUAACUUAUUUUUUCGAGUUUCCACAAUAUUUAUUAAGGAUUCAAAUGUCUAGUUUCCAUAGUUUGAUUAUGGAAAUUUCUUGUUUGGAAAGUUAACAGAGUGUGUAUCUUUUCUGUUUAAGGGUCCAGGGAAGAGGACACGUUCAGAACUGGAUGACUUCAGACUGUUCAUCAGAAGGUCCUGUGUCGGCUGAUCUGAGAGCGGAGAGGAAUCCUCUCGCUUUGAGUGAAUGUGAGGGAGUUUUGAGACCUGAGGCCCGGAGGCUUUUCAGUUCCUGAGAUGUCACUGAGACGGUCAGAUGGGGUGUCCAUCGCCCAGGCUUUGGCCAUGACUGUAGCCGAGAUACCAGUCUUUCUGUAUUCUACAUUCGGGCAGUCCAUAUUCUCCCAGCUGAAGCUUUCCCCAAACCUGAAGAAGGUGCUGUUUGCCACCGCCCUGGGCAGCGUCGCCCUGGCUCUCACUGCCCAUCAGCUGAAAAGGCGAGGGAGAAAAAGGAAGCAGGGGACUCAAGGGAAGGAGGGCCAGAAGACGGUGGGAAUACCGGAGGCGCUGCUGAAGACGGGACGGCCCUCGUCGUUAAAGAGAAGCCCGUUUGCUGGUCGACAGAUGAUGAGUCCCAGCUCUCGGAGCAAUGACACCAUGAGCGGAAUUUCCUCCCUGGCUCCCAGCAAACACUCCAGCUCCUCACACAGCCUGGCCUCUACGCGAGUGCCGAGCUCCCCAAACCAGUCUGCUAAUCCCUCCACCCCCUGGGAGGCCGAGCCUGUGGUGGAAGAAUCGGGGGCAGUGGAGGACGCGAAUGCAGAGAACCUUUAUUUGAUGGGAAUGGAGCUGUUUGAGGAGGCGCUGCGGAAGUGGGAGCAGGCCCUGAACAUCCGCCACCCGAACUCGUCCUCCAGCAACAGCCUGGCUCUGCUGGGGGCGGCGUGUGGAGACGCCUCCAUCAAACCGUCACCACCAUCCGAAGCUCGAAACAAAGGGUUUGCUGAGAAGUUGGAGACCCUUCUCCACCGGGCGUACCACCUACAGGAGGAUUUUGGCAGCAGCAUCCCAGCGGAGAGUGUUCUGGCAGACUUUGAGAGUGAAGGAACCCUGAUCCUACCCCAGCUGGAGAGUUUCCACCGAUUGAAUGACGAUGACGCGACUACGGUUACCUCCGACGACUCCUUUUUCUCCGCCGCCGAGCUGUUCGAUAACCUGGCGUUAGACGAGGUUUAUAAGCCCAUGAAGACUGCAGCUCUUUAUGAAGAAGCCACGUCUCUGGUUCAGGAAGGCAAAGUGAACUAUAGGUCCCUGAGGACCGAAUUACUUGAAUGUUACGGUGACCAAGACUUCCUUGCCAAGCUCCACUGUGUGAGACAAGCAUUCCAGUACCUUUUGUUGGAUGAAACUCACCGGACAUUUUUCAUGGAGACUGGGAAACAGAUGAUUGCGGGGCUAAUGGUGAAAGCAAACAAGAGCCCCAAAGCCUUCUUAGAGAGCUACGAGGACAUGCUGCUGUACACUCAGAGAGAGGAAACAUGGCCGGUCACUAAGAUGGAGCUGGAGGGUCGAGGGGUGGUGUGUUUGAACUUUUUUGACAUUGUGUUGGACUUUAUCCUGAUGGAUGCUUUCGAGGACCUGGAGAGCCCCCCAUCGUCUGUGGUGGCCGUUUUAAGGAACCGAUGGCUCUCCGACAGCUUUAAAGAGACGGCCCUGGCAACCGCCUGCUGGUCCGUCUUGAAAGCCAAGAGGCGUCUUCUCAUGGUCCCCGAUGGAUUCAUCUCCCACUUCUAUGCCAUAUCGGAACACGUGAGCCCAGUUUUAGCUUUUGGCUUUCUGGGACCCAAGCAGCACCUGAGUGAGGUUUGCACCAUUUUCAAGCAACAAAUCGUCCAGUACCUUAAGGAUAUGUUUGACCACGACAAGGUCCGCUUCACCACCACUCAGUGCUUGGCCGAAGACAUCCUGAAACUUUCCCACCGCAGGAGCGAGAUCCUACUGGGCUACCUGGGAAUCGGCAGCCUGCUGGAGCUGAACGGAGCCCUGCCCAGAGACUCGGAGAGCUCGACAGGAACCCUGUACGGUUAACCAGGGCCGGCUCAACUCCUCCUCUCUUUACGCUAGGAUAGGACCGACUCCUGUUUCUGUGACACACGGAGAACCAGCAUCAUUAAUUCAUCCGUGCGCAUUAAUCAAAAAGUCCCCCCGGUAGGACGCGUUUCACCACAGCCACAGCUAAUGAGGGAGAGCGCCUGGAUGAAAUGGUUCUUCUUCUCCCUCGUGUCGCCGGCUUUUCCGCGUAUCCAGAAAGACGUCUAGAAUCACAGACGUGUGAGGACUUGCCGCUGCCUCGUCGGGUGACAUGGAUACUUGUGAUAAACAGGGCUGAGGAGCCCCCCCCCCCCCGAGCACACAGGGACGGCGCCUCGGCCCUCGGGACACAGCGUGGAUGGAGUGUCCCCAGAGAGACGCGCUCAUCAGCAGCGGGACGGGGCUGAAAUCAUAUUCUUCACUACUGUGUGGAGCCAGUAUUGUGUGCUUUGAUGUUUUAUAUUAAAAGUGGAAGAAUAUUUCUUAAACCAUGCCCGUUCCUUAGAGCUCAUGCAAACUUUGGCCGUCUGAACAAUAGUGCUGCUCCAUGCAAUGAGUCUGCCUCAUCACUUCUCCUGAAAUCCUCUUCGGUCUCCCGGUUUCCACCGUUUGAUUGAGCACGCUAACCUGUUACAUAUCCAGGCCUGCCUUUGAACGAAAACAUGCUUCACAUUACCCGCUGCGGGCUUGUGUUGAGAUCACGGUCAUCCAUCCAGUUUUUGCCGAGCUGUUGAAAAAGAAACAAAAAAGAUGAAUGUUAAUCCCGGUUUGGGAGCUUUUAAAGAAAAAAGACAGCGUGAUAAGUCAAUACUUUGGGCUAAUAUGUGACAUAAAGAAAUCAAUUUGAGGUUCCAAUUUCCAAAUGUCUUCAUCAGCUGGGUAACUGGGCUGUGACUUUUACUGAUUUACUAUCAUUACUUGUAAGUAUAUAUUUAAUUAAUUCGUCACAGGGAUGAAUGGGAUUGUGACUAAAACCAAUGAUAUUCAAACUCAUUUUAUUUGCAUAGAAAGUCUGGUUUCACUGUUGUUUUUUAAAAAUAAUUCUCACCUCCUUGAGUUUGUUUUUCUGAUGUUUUUUUGGGAGAAAACCUCCCGGUACCUCUCAGCCUCUCGGCUGUGGCGUUCAAACUAAUCCCGGAUGCGCUUCUGUGGCUAUUUGCGAUAAUGGAUCACCUAAUCUGUGCGGCGCGUUUUAAAACCUGUAAAAGGAGGAGCCCCCUUCAUGGGCUUUUAAACGGGAUCUGAGCCUGUGCUGUACAGCCGGGCCGAGCCUCUUCGUAAAUGCACUGUGUUUUUUUUCUCUGCUCGUGGUUUUCUCAGAGCGCUGAGACUCUGAGAGGGCAGCGAAAUGCCAAGUGAAAUGUCCGUUUCUCCUGCAGGCCUUUGGGAAAACACCACUGACCUAAAGGCAGAAACGGUCCCGUAAUAGAUAACCUCAAUCAGAUGUUUUUUUGUUUUUGUUUUAAACGUAUACAGUGUGCAUUAAGGGCAUUAGAAGCUCAGUGUAGAUGCAACUGGAUCCCAGCAUUAGUUUCUGAUUUUCGCUCAGUUUUUUUUAUUACAGUGAUUCAUCAAACAUUGACUCUAUGAGAUUUGUGUUCUCAAAGAUGUGUUUUAUGGCAUUUCCAGAUCAAAUCCUGCUAAUGUUGUAUCGUAUUUGUGUUUCUUUAUUUUGGAUAUGAACAGGAAGAGAAAGAUUUUGGGUCCCUGUUUUAAACUGGUGUGCAGCUUUGUGUUUGUAAGCAUUUUGCACUUUAGCAGAAGGAUGUGGGAAUGUGUAAUGGCUCCUUUGAUAAUCAGUUAUUUAUUACACAUCACGUGUCUGCAUACGUCAGGCGUUCCUGAUGAAACAGAGUAUAGAUGCUAUACAAAAAUGAAGUUAUUUUUUUCCCAGAAGACUACCGAUGGAGACGUUCAUUUCCGUGAUCAUAGGACUUGGUUGACAUGUGUUCUCUUUAGAAGUGUAUUUAAAUAGUCUGUAUUUAUCCGUGUUUGGUCUGAUACCUGGUAAGCUGCUACGAAAAAGUGCUCACCCUCGCUUUAGAAUAUUGACGUGUGUCAUGGAAAUAACGAAGUUCUGCUUUUUCCAUAGUCUCCGCGCAAAUGAACAGCCUUUGCAUGCUAACUGUAGAUUCUCUGACCUGCAUCCGUGUACUGAGCAACAUGUAGAUGCAGCCCAAGAUGCUGUACACUUAAAAAAAAAAAAAAUCCCCUUUAGUGAUAGGCUUAAAAUAUUUAGAAAGCUCAAAUCAUUUGAAGGUUCAAAUUUUAGCAUGAGCUCUCCUUAUUGAAUAGUUCAAUCAGUUUUAGUGUUUUAAGAGGAUUUCAGGUGGCCAAAAUGUUGAUUUUUUUCAUUUCUUCUUUUUUCCACUGAUGUGCAUUGCAAGUGUCCUACUCAUGCCUUUUGUCUUUUCUACUGUGAUAUUACAGUGACAGCACAAUCUGUAAACCGAUUCUCCAUCCACAUUA